AUGAGCUCCUUCUCACGCAAGCCGAUGGCAACCCAAGCGGGUGUCCCAGGCGCACCGGCAUUCACACCCUCAUAUCACCACACGCCGGACUGUCCCGACUUACAGAAAGUGGUGCAGGAUUCGGAGAGGGCUUGGGCAGUGGUGCGUAAGAUCAAGGAAGAACAUGAGAGGGGUCCGCCAGAAUUCUGGAAGGGUGAUCCUCUGGUCUCGUGUAUCGGUGAGGUGGAGAGGAUCUUCUACGGUCGAGUACUCGCCGAUAGGGGUGUUUAUUGUCGCCUUUCCCAAAUUGCAAGGCCAGAAUGCGUCAUCACCCAGCAGCAUGACCACGGCGAUGAAGGCAAAGUCAUCGAGGGGAGCGUCCCUUCCGCUAACUCGACCGACAUCUUUCCAAUAUGGACGCCCAGGCAAAAGACCAACAGUGCGAUAUACUCGACCAUUUACGAUGACGCUUCGGCGUCCAUCCAUUAUGCAGGGAGGUGGUACGCGGGCAUAAUCCACCCCAUUCCUCCAGUACACGGUGGUACCAUCCACUCUACAGAAGCCCCAGGAGCUACAGCUACGCUGAGUUUCCACGGAUCGGCCGUUGAGGUCUUUGGAUCGAGCUCGGGCUUGGAUUUUGGAAGGUACACAGUGCACCUCGACGGAGUCCAGUGGCUCAUCCAGGAUGGUGCUCCCCUCAAGCUCAGAUGGGAUCCACUCCUGUUCCACGCUUCGGGCCUAUCCGAAAGUCAGCAUACUCUUACCAUCACGACGCACACGGACACUACAUCCCGGUCGUCAUAUCUCGAUAUUGACAGAAUCGUCGUCAAUUCGACCAUCAGUCCGUCGGAGAAAGCGUUCGUCCCCACCUUUGACCCAUUCAAAACAAAGCCCGACGCUUCGGCUCCAAUCCAGGAGACUCUCGCUUUCAAAAUCAUCACCCCUAUCGGUGUCUUCGCCUUCUUCGCGCUCAUCGUCUGGGUCGGACGUUGGUGGGUGAAGAGGCAUAUACAAAAGAUCGUAGCGGCCACCAAGGGGAAAGCAGAGGCGUCAUCGCCAAGCUUGGCGGAUCAUGGGCUCCCGCAUCAGGUCGACCUCGGAUCGGCGAGCGGGACGGCGGAGCUAGGAGGCGCUCGUCAUCGUAUCGGGUUCCCGCAGGCGGCUAGCUAG